GUACAUUGGAACCAUCCAAUUUUGGAGCAUUGGGAUCCUAGAAUAGCCAAGAAUUAUCCACAAGGAAAACACAGUCCCCCAGAUGACAUUGGCUCUAGCUUUUAUCCUGAGUUGGGAAGUUACAGCUCUCGGGAUCCUUCUGUCAUAGAAACUCAUAUGAAACAAAUGCGUUCAGCUUCAAUAGGUGUACUAGCCCUGUCUGGGUACCCACCUGAUUCAAGUGAUGAAAAUGGGGAACCUACUGAAGACUUGGUACCAACUAUUUUGGAUAAAGCUCAUAAAUAUAAUCUGAAGAUGCUAAAAAUCUUCCUCGUUCUUGUGGUCACUUUUCACAUAGAACCAUAUAGUAAUCGAGAUGAUCACAACAUGUACAAAAAUGUCAAGUACAUUAUAGACAAAUAUGGAAAUCAUCCAGCCUUUUACAGGUAUAAGACUAGGACUGGCAACACUCUUCCUAUGUUUUAUGUCUAUGACUCCUAUAUUACAAAGCCUGAAAAAUGGGCCAAUCUGUUAACCGUAUCAGGAUCUCAGAGUGUUCGCGAUUCUCCUUAUGAUGGAUUGUUUAUUGCAUUUCUGGUAGAAGAAGAUCAUAAAUAUGAAAUUCUUCACAGUGGUUUUGAUGGAAUUUAUACAUAUUUUGCCACAAAUGGUUUUACUUAUGGCUCAUCACAACAGAACUGGGCUGGUCUAAAACACUUUUGUGAUAGCUACAACUUAAUAUUUACCCCAAGUGUGGGUCCAGGAUACAUAGAUACCAGCAUCCAUCCAUGGAACACGCACAACACUCGGAACCGAGUUAAUGGGAAGUAUUAUGAAGCUGCUCUGAAUGCUGCUCUUCGUGUCCGCCCCAGUUUAAUUUCUAUCACCUCUUUUAAUGAGUGGCAUGAAGGAACUCAGAUUGAAAAAGCUGUCCCCAAAAGAAACAGUAAUACAGUAUAUUUGGAUUACCGGCCUUAUAAACCAAGUCUUUAUCUAGAACUAACUCACAAGUGGUCUGAAAAAUACAGUAAGGAAAGAGCAAUUUAUGCAUUAGAUCAUCAGCCACCUGUUUCUUAA